UGACGGCUCGCCUAUAAGUACUCAGCUCUGCCUCUCGUAGGAUUCACAGCGAGAACUAGAGGCAGUAAUCCUUCUGUUGCGCGAGACUCUUAGAAUUGUGCGCUUUUGUGCUUCGUCCUUGUUCAAACCACUCUUUCUCGCCGGAAAACCGCUUGAGGAUCGCUUGGGUGUGGUGCCUUUUUCACUCCCCAUGGCCGGUGUGAUCGUCGUGUUCGACUUCGACAAGACGAUCAUCGACGUCGACAGUGACGACUGGGUGAUAGAUGGCUUGGGACUUACUGAGAGGUUCAACGAACUGCUCCACACCAUGCCGUGGAAUUGUUUGAUGGAUAAGCUUUUGGGGGAACUCAAUGAGCAGGGAAGAACAAUUGAAGACAUUGCUGCUUGCUUAAAAAGCAUUCCAUUGCAUCCCCAGAUCAUAUCCGCCAUAAAAUCAGCCUACUCUUUGGGGUGUGAUUUGCGAGUUGUUAGUGAUGCAAAUAUGUUCUACAUUGAAACCAUUCUUAAACAUCACGAGCUAUUUGAUUAUUUCUCAGAGAUUAACACCAAUCCAAGCUACGUCGAUGACAAUGGGCGGUUGACGAUCGUCCCCUAUCAUGAUUUCCACACUUCAGUUCAUGGAUGUGCUCUCUGCCCUCCUAAUAUGUGCAAGGGCUUGAUUAUUGAUCGUAUCCGAGACUCUACCAUGAAAGACUCGACAGCAGCAAAGAAAUUCAUAUACCUCGGUGAUGGUAGGGGUGAUUAUUGUCCAGCACUAAAACUUGAUGAAAGUGAUAAAGUGUUGCCUAGGAAGGAUUACCCCCUGUGGAAUCUCAUUCAAAAGAACCCCCAGCUCAUCAGAGCAGAAAUUCAUGCUUGGUGCAAUGCUGCUGAGCUUGAAGAAACACUGGUCCAACUCAUCCACGCUAACACAUCCGAUUCUAUUGCGGCAGACUGCAAGUCUCUAUCUGCUCUUCCCUCUCAUCACGAAGCUCUUGUUCUCCAUCCUCUCCCUGUGCAACAGUGACAGCUUCUUUGUCUUCUCUGCAUCAAAUCCCGAGUCCUUUUGGACUUUGAAGACUUUUAUGGAAGGUGGGUUGCGGCUCCCAAAGAAGCCGAGCAGCAUGAUAAUUUUGCUCAGUUCGUCAUCUAAAAAGCUGUUUGAUUAUGUAGCUGACUAGGGAAAAGGAGCUAAGCAAAAAUAACUGCUGUUCUGCUCUGGCCCUGUAAGUUUAUGAAGAAAGAUGAUGAUCCAUAAGGAGGCGUUUCAUGGGUGGUUGAAAAUUUUCUGGAUGUAGUUUCUUGUCAAUGGAAGCUAUCAGACAAUGCAAAAUAUUUUCAAGAAUUUUUUUUCUCUGUUUUAUAACAUGCGGCUCUUUCAUAA